AUGAAACUUCUUCUUAUCACCAUUGCUGCAUGCAUUGCAGUGGUCACCGGUAACUUCGAAUGGAAAUCAAAUAAUUUCGAAAGGCCCGAGCAACACUAUUCUUGGCCGAGUGUGAACCACUACACUCAGAAGUCUGAUUCCGAAGGAUGGCGGCCGUACCAUCCUAACUCCUUCCACUUUUGGUAUCAUCCGAUCUCCACUAGAUCAUACCCGACGGUCUGGAGUGAAAACAACUGGCUUAGACCAUAUCGGAAUUACCCUGUCAGGUCAUACCAGAAUUACCCAAGUGAACGUCACUGGUAUAUUAACAGACCUUAUGAAUUAUACGAGAUCAAACCACAGCAAGAGUGGUACGAAUGGAGCUUUGACAAGCCUUAUCAGUUUGAGCGUCCAACUAUCAUCCGCGAAUACCAGAGCAGACCUUAUUCUUACCGUGCCGAAAGCUACCAGCCAGAAGCACGUAAUUGGCAUGCUAAUAGACCCUACCAUCCAAUCAAUUUCUUCCACCCGUACCCUAUUAAUCAACAACACGUUAGUUACAAACCUCACCAUCAACAUCCAAUUAAAUCAUACCAUCCUUACCCAAUUAAGUCUUACCAUGCUUACGUCCAAAAAAACGCUAACAGGCAGCCAUAUAGUCACUUCUCAGACAAAUCAACGGCUAAAUCCCCUGUCGAAUAUCCCACUGCCCCUAAGCCUCAAGCAGAGGAGAAUCAGCGCAAUUGGCAAUCAAACAAACCAUACAAGCCGGUUCCGUCAAAUGUUUAUCACCCUUAUCGUACCAAAACCCUAUACCCAACAAAGGCGUACGAAUCAAAUUUAAUUUCCCAUAAUUGGUACAAACCAACCAACCCUAUAAAUAUCCAACAACGCCCAGUAACUUCUUACCUUCCCUUGCCGAUAAAAUCCUACCAACCUUACCCGCGUAAAUCAUUCCACCCUUACCCAAUUAAAUCUUACCACCCUUAUCCUAUUAAAUCCUAUCACCCGUACCAUAUUGAAUCUUACCAUCCUUAUCCAAUAAAAUCGGAUGACUCUUACCCAAUUAAAUCCUACCACCCUUACCCGAUUAAAUCCUACCACCCUUAUCCAACUAAAUCCUACCACCCCUACCCAAUUAAAUCUUACCACCCCUACCCAAUUAAAUCUUACCAACCUUACCCGAUUAAAUCCUACCACCCUUACCCAAUUAAAUCUUACCACCCUUACCAAAUUGAAUCCUUCCGUCCUUUGCCUAUCAAAUCGUACCAUCCUUACCCAAUUGAAUCCCAUCACUCAACACAAACAAAAGCAUCCCAUCCCUACCCAAUUGAGUCUUACCACUCGAGUGAAACUGAAUCGUACCAUCCAGCUCCGGUCGAAUAUCACUGGUCUUUUGUCAAGUCCAAAAAACCAGAAGUGAAGGAGCAUGUGUGGUUCAUUAAAUCGAAUCCUUUUCAGAGUAAACCGACGCAAUCCACUUCAGAUGAACCAAGUCUUUUCAACGUGCUAAACUUCCUGAGUCUAAUCAAGCCUUUUAUAAGCCCAAAGGAAGAACAACCAAUCAAACCACAGGAAGUAACAUCAAAGAAGCCGUCGAUCAUUAAGCCAUUAUUUGGGAAGCCUUUAAAACCUAUUAGCUUUUUCCCUGUCAAACGGAGUCAGCCAUCGGUCACUAAAUAUAACAUAGAGAACUCGGCGCACAAAGCGACCGCGAAACCACCUCGUCAGGUUCAGGAGCACUCUUCACCGACUCGAAGCUGGUUUCCUUUCGUGAACACUUGGAAACCGUACAAGGAACAGACCACUGAGCCAAGCAAUAAGCUUGCUUAG